AUGGAAUUUUUAGAUGGAAACUGUACCUUGGUGACUGAGUUUAUUCUGUUAGGGUUUCCAACUUGCCCUGAACUGCAGAUUGUCCUGUUUCUCCUGUUUCUGACUUUGUACUCUCUGAUUUUAAUGGGGAACAUGGGCUUAAUGAUGUUAAUCAGGGUUGAUCUGCACCUUCAAACCCCCAUGUACUUUUUCCUUAGUAACCUAUCCUUUGUAGACCUUUGCUAUUCUUCAGUCAUCGUUCCCAAAAUGCUUGUCAACUUCCUCUCUCAGAACAAGUCCAUUUCCUAUCACGGCUGUGCCCUGCAGUUCUAUUUCUUCUGUACUUUCGCAGAUACCGAAUCCUUUAUCUUGGCUGCCAUGGCCUAUGACCGCUAUGUCGCCAUCUGUAACCCUUUACUGUACACGGCUGUGAUGUCUCGGGGCAUCUGCAUAUGGUUGAUCGUCUUGUCAUACUUUGGAGGCAAUAUGAGUUCCCUGGUGCACACAUCCUUUGCAUUUAUUCUGAAAUACUGUGAUAAAAAUGUCAUUAAUCAUUUUUUCUGUGACCUCCCUCCCUUGCUUAAGUUAUCGUGCACAGACACAUCACUUAAUGAGUGGCUUCUCUCCACAUAUGGCAGCUCAGUGGAAAUUAUCUGCUUCAUUGUCAUCAUCAUCUCCUACUUUUACAUUCUCCUCUCAGUCUUAAAGAUCCGUUCUUCCAGCGGGAGGAAGAAGACCUUCUCUACCUGUGCUUCUCACCUGACAUCCGUGGCCAUCUACCAGGGAACUCUGCUUUUCGUUUACUCACGACCCAGCUACCUGUAUUCUCCCAACACUGAUAAAAUCAUCUCAGUGUUCUACACCAUCAUCAUUCCAGUGCUGAAUCCCUUGAUUUAUAGUUUGAGAAACAAAGACGUAAAAGACGCUGCUAAAAAUGUCUUAAAACCAAAGAUAAAUUCCUCCUGA